GAAAGCAAACGUGGUCCUGGAAACCAGACAACUGGCCAUGAAGAUCUUUGAAGACUACACGGUCUCCUGGUACUGGAUAAUCAUAGGCCUCGUCAUCUCCAUGGUGGCCAGCUUGAUCUUCAUCGUCCUGCUGCGGUUCCUGGCCGGGAUCAUGGUCUGGGUGAUGAUUGUGAUGGUGAUCCUGGUGCUGGGCUAUGGAAUCUUCCACUGUUACAUGGAAUAUGCCAAACUCAAAGGAGAAGCAGGUUCAGAUGUCUCCUUGAAGGACCUGGGGUUUCAGACAGACCUUCGUGUCUACCUCCACCUCCGGCAGACGUGGUUGGCGUUCAUGAUCAUCCUCUGCGUGGUGGAGGUGGUGAUCAUCCUUCUCCUCAUCUUCCUCCGCAAGAGGAUCCUCAUCGCCAUCGCGCUCAUCAAGGAGGCCAGCAGGGCUGUUGGCCACGUCAUGAUGUCCUUGCUCUUCCCCUUGUGCACCUUCUUUCUGCUGUGUCUCUGCAUUGCCUACUGGGCCAGCACCGCCGUUUUCCUCUCCACCUCCAAUGAGGCCAUCUACAAGGUGUUCAACGAGAGCGCCUGCCAGUUCUCCGGCCAGACCUGCAAACCAGAGACCUUCAACACCAGCAAUGUCACCAAGCUGUGCCCAGAUGCCCAGUGCCUCUUUGCCUUCUACGGUGGGGAGACAGCCUAUCACAAGUACCUCAUCAUCCUCCAGUUCUUCAACGUCUUCAUGUUCUUCUGGUUGGCCAACUUCGUCAUCGCCUUGGGCCAGGUGACCUUGGCGGGGGCCUUCGCCUCCUACUACUGGGCCUUCAAGAAACCAGAUGACAUGCCAGCCUUCCCCCUCUUCUCCUCCUUUGGCCGUGCCCUGCGGUAUCACACGGGCUCGCUGGCCUUCGGCUCGCUGAUCCUCGCCAUGGUGCAGAUCAUCAGGGUCCUUCUGGAGUAUCUGGACCACAGGUUGAAAGCUGCAGAUAAUAAGUUUGCCAAGUUUCUCCUGAGCUGCUUGAAGUGCUGCUUCUGGUGCCUGGAAAAAUUCCUCAAGUUCCUCAACAGGAACGCCUACAUCAUGAUCGCCAUCUACGGCACCAACUUCUGCACCUCGGCCAGGAACGCCUUCUUCCUCCUCAUGAGGAACAUCAUCAGGGUGGCUGUUCUGGAUAAAGUCACAGAUUUCCUCUUCUUCCUGGGGAAACUCCUCAUUGUGGGAAGUGUGGGAAUUCUUGCCUUCUUCUUCUUCACCCAUCGGAUAAAGCUGGUCCAAGACACGGCCCCACCUCUGAAUUACUACUGGGUGCCUAUUUUGACGGUCAUCGUGGGCUCCUACCUCAUCGCCCACGGGUUCUUCAGCGUCUAUGGCAUGUGUGUGGACACCCUCUUCCUCUGCUUCUGUGAGUAG